AUGAUUGUGCGCCUUCCAUCACUGAAAUGGCUGCCAUGCGCCAAAGAACACAAAGUCAUCCCGCAGUCCAGCAGACGGUUCUACCUAGGCUCUUCGACCUCCACGCACUCCCAGGUUGUUGCGGCACUGGUCUUCGGCUUUUCUUGUGGAAGAGAGUUCGAUCUUUGUGCAGUCCCGCUUUGGGCUCAAGAUUAUGGUGGCCCAAGUGGUCGGACUGAGAUGCCGCCGAGCCUGCCCAGGCGACGAAAUGCAUGGGACUGUCCACCAUCCAAGCGGCAGGUGGUAACGAUCUCUAUCUGCAUCGGGAAUGCUGUCGCCUUUGGGAUGUUCCUUUUCCCACUUUUGUAUGAGCCCUUCCGACUUAUCUUCGGCAUUAUCUUCGGUGUCUCAUUCACAUUCACGGCUUUCUUUGGGAUUGUCACCAUGACCGUGGAUCCCAUGGACAUCAACGUUUGGAGGUGCGAAGAGGGCCUUGCUCCAGAGCACGAUGCCAUGGCCUAUUGCAAGAACUGCCGGGUGAACGUGCAACUAGACUCGAAACACUGCUGGGACUGCAACAAGUGUGUUUCAAAUUAUGAUCAUCAUUGCCCAUGGCUCAAUACCUGCAUAGGGACACGGAAUUACCUCUAUUUCUACAUUGCAAUCUGGUCACUGCUCGUGAUGCUCGCGGUAAGCUCCACGGCGGACAUCUUGGUCAUCGUCAAGCAUGCCGCGGCUUCCGGAGACUCUACGAACCCGCUUGGUCUUGGCAAUAUCCUCUUUUGGCUGAUAAGCGUGGUACUCGCACUGCUAAAUAUUCCGCUCUGCUUCUUGGACUCGACACUGGUGGUCUUUCACACAUAUUUGGUCGUCCUCGACAUCACCACCUAUGAUUAUCUUACCGGGAAGACCUCGCAGAAGAAAGCGCGGUGGAAAGAGCAGCGAGAGGCACAGGCCGAGGGGCGGGACAGCGACCUCCAGGCCUCACGAAGAGUCCCGGUCUUUGGCGGUGCCCCCGUGGCCAAUCGGCAUGGCUCUCAGCUGAUUCGCGCCGCACAUGCCAGCAGUUUCGUUUUCAAUCUUUCACCAGUAGGAGAUAAACUGUGUGGAGGUGGAACAAGCCUACAGGUACAGUCGAGGGUCCACCGCCAUGCGAAGGCACAACCAGUCUCGCUGCGGAAGCACAACGGCAAGUCGUUGAAGAGGAUUUUUGUGUAA